AACCUUGACAGCCUCUAAAUGAAACGGACUCGGGCUGAAUAAGGGAGGUGACCUAAUCGUUCGAAUCCUUCCAUUUUUCUCCGCAAUCUCUGUCUAAGCUCCGAUGAACGAUCAUGGACAGAAAUGCCGACAUCAGAAUUCGUGAGGGACAGACGAGGGGCGUAACUGGUGGAGAACCGCCGCCGGAUUUAGGGCGGAAUGAAGCGGCGCGAUCAAUGUUGGGAAGGAAGGAAGGUCUGACUUGGAAACAAUGCAAUCCCCGACUAAGAAACAAUGGAUAAACACUAAACAGAAGGUAUCCUUUUCUUGUCUUAAAGUGUCAAAGGUUUGAAGUUUGAAAUCAAAGCAAGGUUUUACCCACAUCUCCUUCUUUCCCUCGUUUUUUAGAUGUCUGGACACGGCCUUUCCAUAAAUAUAUCUCUUCUUUUCUCAACAUCAUCUGCUGCUGCUGCUCUGUUCUGUCGGGUUGGAAGGAGAAAGAAUGUGGCAACAACAGCCCAAAAGGUACUCGUUUAAAGAAUCUGUCAAGGCUGUUGAAGCUGAUAUACGACGUGCAAAUGCCUUGGCAGCGAUGUUCUCGAGAGAUUACGGUGGAUUUUGCAUUCAAAUGAGAUUACAAUACAGCCCAUUUGCUCUCUUUUUUCUUCAUUGGAUUGAAUGGAUGGAUUUCAGUUGCACAGAUCCUCUUCCAAGUUUCUUGGGCCUUUUCCACAUACUCUUGUACAAGGUGUACGUCGAUGGACACCAACCGUUGGCGUCACCACGAGAAAGAAAAGCCACCCUCAAGGAGUUCUAUGCUGUAAUAUACCCUUCACUUAGGCAACUUCGAAGUGGGCACCUCAAGUCGAAAGAAGAGACUUCUUCUAGGAAGAGAAUAGAAGAACAAAAGGGGCCGUCUAAUGAGGAUCUUCAGAGGGAUGAGGAGUGUGGGAUAUGCAUGGAAAACUGCAGAGAUGUUGUGUUGCCAAAUUGUGGCCAUUCGAUGUGCCUCAGCUGCUUUCAGGACUGGAGUCCGAGGUCGCGUUCCUGUCCCUUCUGCCGCAACUGUCUAAAUAGGUUGAGCGCCAGGGACCUGUGGGUUCUUACAAGCGACACCGACAUUGUCGACUCGGAAACUCUUACCAAGGAAAAUCUAAUACAUUUCUACCUUUAUAUAGAAAACCUGCCACUGUUUCAACCAGACGUGAGUAUUUUAAUACCAGAUUACAUGUUGUGAUCCGUCAGAAGCAUAAUCCAAUGUGUUGGCCACCACCAACUUCAACUGGCUACAAUUUAAGCUGUAAGCUUGAUUCUCUGCUACUGUCAUCUGUUCAAAUUCAAGAGAUUGCAAGUAGAAAAACAGCAUUGCUUUGUAUGGUUCCUCGAGCACUGUCAUUUGAACAAUGUAAUAAACUUCAACUUUCUAAUAAAUAACUAAACACAAGGCAGAUGGGGCAGUUUCAA